AAGAAGCUAAAAAGGUUAGAAGUGGCCAAGAAUCGUAUAUAAGCAAUUCUUGAGAAGUGACGGCAUUAUAUUUUUGUCUCCGUGUUCUUUUUAUACUAAAAAUAAGGUUGUUGAUGAGCAAUGGCUGAUGUUAAGGAAACUUCGUGUAGGCUUUGCCUGAAAAAUAUAAUCGAUGAAAGUUUUGAUGUAACAGACAACAGUAUCAGAGACAUUCUAGAUGUUCUUUUGCUGAAACUGAAAUUUGAUAACGAGAGCAAAGAGGUGAUAUGUAACGUUUGCAGAAGAAAGUUAAAUGCGGCGUCAGAAUUUAAAUCAACAUGUAUGAAUACCGAUAAGGCAAUUAUUCCUUAUGUGGAUAGCGAGAAAAUGUUACAGCUCGAUUUAAGAGAAGUGUACAUGCAAGAAAAGAAAAGCGAGUUAGUUAGCAUUUCUUGCAGUCAGAAAAUAUGUCGAUUGUGUAUGCAGCCAGUAGAAAGUGAGUUUAGGUGCAUAAGUGAAGAGGAACUUGAGGCUAUCGAGAAAUUGGCUCCUGAAAUGAAUAUAAAUAUCAUCAAAGAUCCCGUUGUUUGUAAGCAAUGCUUGGAUUCUCUGUGUACUCACAACAGUUUCCUAACAGAUUGCUUAGAGGUAGAGGAAAAAAUUAAAAAUACUUUUGAUUGUUUAGCCACAGAAAGUCGAAUAGAUACGUCUUCACUUGAUUUAUUGGUUAAGACUGGAAACUUGGACAAAGAAUUCCAUAUUAACGAGAUGGAAAUGUCCAUCAAAGUUGAAAGUAUCGACAUAAAGUUGGAAGAUGAGGAAAGGAGUGACACGCCACUUCAGAGCCGCAGUAUUGUACCAUUCGAGGAGAGUGACUGUAAAGGUGAAGAAGAGGAUGGAUGUAAACGUGAAAAUGCAUCAAAAGUGAAAACCAAGCAGGAGCGCAUAGUAUUGUACAAAUGUGAUAAUUGUAUUUACGAAACUGAAAGUGAGAUUCGUUUUUCGGCACACUGUGCGAGACACGAGAACAAUUUGGAAGCAUAUAAUAAGUGUGAGUCGUGUGGGUAUAAACCUAAAAGUAAGAAAUUACUUCAGAUGCACCUGUUGAAGCAUAAAUAUCCUUCAGAGGUUAAGAUGUACAGGUGUAACGACUGCGAUUACGAAACUAAAUACAAGAAUGUUAUCGAACAGCAUCAACUGAAACAUAAAGACCCUUCGCAGGUUGAAAUGUACAAGUGUAACAGCUGCAUGUAUGAAACUAGACACAAGAGAAAUAUCCAACGGCACCAACUGAGCCAUAAAGAACCCUCCCAGGUUCAAAUGUACAGGUGUACCGACUGCAAUUACGAAACUAAAUACAAGUAUAUUAUCAAAAAUCACCAACUGAAACAUAAAGAACCCUCGCAGGUUCAAAUGUACAAGUGCAACGACUGCGAUUUCGAAAGUAAAUACAAGAAUACUAUGAAAAGGCACCAACUGAAACAUAAAGAUCCUUCACAUGUUCAAAUGUACAAGUGUAACGACUGCGAUUACGAAACUAUAUACAAAUAUGUUAUAAGAAACCACCAACUGAAACAUAAAGACCCUUCACAGGUUCAAGUGUACAGGUGUAACGACUGCAAUUAUGAAACUGAAUUAAAGGGUAAUAUCAAAAAUCACCAACUGAAACAUAAAGACGAGAAAAUGUUACAGCUCGACCUAAGAGAUGUGUACAUGCUGGAAAAGGAAAGCAAGUUAGUUAAUAUUUCUUCCAGUCAGAGAAUAUGUCGAUUGUGUAUGCACCCAGUAGAAACUGAGUUUAGGUGCAUACGUGAAGAGGAACUUGAAGCUAUUCAGAAAUUUACUCCUGAAAUGAAUAUAAAUAUCAUCAAAGAUCCCGUUGUUUGUAAGCCAUGCUUCGAUUCUCUGUGUACUCACAACAGUUUCCUAAAAGAUUGGUCAGAGGUAGAAGAAAAAAUUAAAAGUACUUUUGAUAGUUCAGCCACAGGAAGUCAAAUAAGUACACCUCCACUUGAUUUAUUCGUUAAGACUGAAAACCUGGGCAAGGAAUUCGAUAUUAACGAGAUGAAAAUGUCGAUCAAAGCUGAAUGUGUCGACAUAAAAUCGGAAGAUGAGGAAAAGAGCGACACGCCACUGCAGAGCUCCGAUAUGGUACCAUUCGUGGAGAGUGCCUGUAAAGAUGAAGAAGAGGAUGGAUAUAAACAUGAGAAUGGAUCAGAAAUGAAAACCAAGCAGGAGGGCAAAGUAUUGUACAAAUGUGAUAAAUGCAUUUACGAAACUAGAAGCGAGAUCCAUUUUACAGCACACUUUGUGAGACACGAGAACGAUUCGGAAGUGUAUAAAUGUGAAUUGUGCGAGUAUAAAACUGAAAAUGAGAAAUCACUUAAGAGGCACCUGUUGAGGCAUAAAGACCAUUCGAAGUGCAAAAUAUUGGCAAAAAUGGAGGGAUUUAAGAGCGACAAGUGUGGAUGUGACACCUAUCUUAAGUAUGUGGUUACGAAGAAAACGUAA